UUUUUUGGACUUCUUUUUUGGGUUUGAAAUCAGUUUUGGUUCGAAUUUACGGUUCGAACUGGUAAAUUUACUGAUUUCUCUGUACGACAUUCUGCAUUUGGAAGUUUCCGAGGUGGAAUCUGGUUACAUUUGGGAAUUUUGACCUUUUUUUUCUGGAGCAAUAUACUACUUUUGCUUUGUUUACUACUUUACUGGACUGUGUUUGCCAGAUUAAGGGUGGCAUUUUUCCUUUGGAUUCUCUUUUCGCCAUAUUCCAGUCUCGAAAGUUACUUUGGUUUGGUUUUAGGGCUUGAAUCAGAGAGAUCUUCGGAGAGUUUUGUAGGAUUUUCUCACCUCUAGGGAAGUGAAGUUGGAAUACUGAUGGUUUUCUGUUGGUGAUUGGUUAGUUGCUCAAUAAUGUCAAGGAUUGCCAAGUGGAAGCUCGAGAAGACAAAAAUAAAGGUGGUUUUCCGGUUGCAAUUCCAUGCCACACAUGUUCCACAGACUGGAUGGGAUAAAUUGUUUAUAUCUUUCAUCCCUGCUGAUUCGGAAAAGGUGACAGCAAAAACAAACAAAGCAAAUGUGAGAAAUGGCACUUGCAAAUGGGCAGAUCCCAUUUAUGAGACCACAAGACUUCUCCAUGAUGCCAGAACCAAACAGUAUGAUGAAAAGCUGUAUAAGCUUGUUGUGGCUAUGGGUUCUUCUCGAUCUAGCCUCCUUGGUGAGGCUUACAUCAACCUUGCUGAUUAUGCAGAUGCAUCAAAGCCUUAUGCUGUUGCACUGCCUCUUCAAGGAUGCAGCUCUGGAACUAUGCUACAUGUCACAGUCCAGCUGCUUACUUCUAAAACUGGGUUCAGAGAAUUUGAGCAGCAGAGGAGGCUAAGAGAGAAGGGGCUGCAAAUAACUGGCAAUCAGAACAUUCAUGAUGAGCAUGCUGAAAAAUUACCAGCAUCUGCAGAGAUGGUCAAUGACCAAACAGACAAGGUAAAUGCAAGAGUUAGAUUCAAGUCGGAAUCCAAAGAACUUCCUUUACUGGAAGAGGAGAUGGAGUUGAAUGAAGAAUAUGCGGACUCAGCUGCUGGAAUUGAUGGUUCAUCCAACACCUCAGAAAGCUUGUAUGCUGAAAAGCAUGAAACCUCCAGUGUACAUGAAAUGGAUAGCCUCAAAAGUACAAUGUCUGGUGAUUUAUGUGGAAUUCCCUUUAGUCAAAGCCCUCAACCUGAGAAAGGAGACCUGUCUGACAAUCGGCACUUGGCACAGGGAAGCAGUGAUUGGGUUCAUGGAUGGAGCUCAGACUAUUCUAUGGAUAAUGACUUGGCAAAUGCCUAUGAAGAAAAUAACAGACUGAGAGGAAAUUUAGAGGUGGCCGAGUCUUCUAUAUUAGAGUUUAAGCUGGAAGUAAACUCUUUACAAAGUCAUGCCAAUGAAUUAGGUGCUGAAACACAAAAGUUUGCCCAGCAACUUGCUGCUGAGAUUGCUUCAGGAGAAGAGUUGGCCAAAGAAGUUUCCAUACUGAAGUUGGAGUGUAUGAAGUUCAAGGAUGACUUUGAACAUCUAAAACAUUCUAGACUACAUCCUCAUUUUAACAGGACGGAAAUUACUGAAAAAGACUGGAAGCACUUAUUUCAGGAUAUGCAGAUCAGAUGGCUUCAGGGUCUCUUGGUUAUGGAGGAUAAAGUAAGGGAAGUUCAAAACAAGGCAUGCCUCAAAUAUCAUGACAGGGACUUCGAGUUUCUUCACCCAGACUUAGAGGCAUUGCAAUGCAUUUUGCAGGACCUCAGACAAGGAACAACAGAAGUAAUCUCUGUACUAAAUACAGUACCGGGGGAAAGAGCUGAUGUAAACGAGAUUGGAGCAGUGAGCAUACAGACACAUGAACAACCUGUUCCUGGAGACAAGAUGGACAGCUUUGAUGUAGAUAAGUAUCAUCCUGGGGGUAUACCUUCUUCCUUAAGCAGGACAAUGGAGUUGUGUGAGGAAUGUGACCCCAUUGAGUCUACCAAUGUGUUGAAAGACAAAAUUUGUGAGCUUCUUAGAGAGUUGGAAGAAUCCAAAGCUGAAAGGGAAAGCCUUACAAGAAAAAUGGAUCAGAUGGAGUGCUACUAUGAAGCUUUAGUCCAGGAGCUCGAGGAAAGUCAAAAGCAGAAGCUGGGAGAGCUGCAGAGCCUCAGAAAUGACCAUGCCAAUUGCCUCUACACAAUUUCUUCUUGCAAAGCUCAGAUGGAAGCAAUGCACCAAGAUAUGAAUGAUCAGUUCUUAAGGUCUUCUGAGGACAAGCGUAAUUUAGAGUCUCUGAAUGAGGAACUUGAGAGAAGGGCUAUUGCCGCAGAAACAGCACUGAAAAAAGCUCGCUGGAGUUAUUCUAUUGCAGUGGAUCAAUUGCAGAAGGACCUUGAACUGCUUUCUUUCCAAGUCUUGUCUAUGUUUGAGACAAAUGAGAAGCUCAUUAGUCAAGCUUUUGCAGAAUCUUCACAACCAUGUUUUGAGGAGGUCUUGAAGACAGUGGACCAAGACAAUGCCUUAGAGAAGUACAAAAUAAGUGUGCAAGGAAGCCAAGCAGUGGCUUAUGUAUCUCAGAAAAUGGAGAAAGAAUUGGCUUCAUGUCAGGUUCUUCCACUUCCGAAAGUUCUGGCAGACAGGAAGAGUUUGGAGUCAAAUGCUGAUAUAAUUGCAGAAGUAAAGAGAAGCUCAGAUACUUUGGAUUCAUUCAGUUGUUCCAAGGUUGAAUUUCCCGAGACCAAGCUGGACUUUCAGGAAUCUUGUGCUGCUGAACUUUUACAGUGCCAGAACCAGAAUUUAGAGCUAAACAAACAACUUUUAGGUGAAGAGAUUCUUUUCAAGGACUUAAAGAGAUCACUUCACUUGCAAGAAGAGCUUUAUUGGAAGGCUGAAGCUGAACUUUGUGAAAUGCAUGUUGCCAACAUACAUUUGGAUGUCUACUCAAAAGUUCUGCAAGAAGCAUUGCACGAAGCAUGCAGCGGCAUUACACUCAUGGAAGAGAGGAUGGAUACAUUAGAGCAACAGCUUGAGCAAUCAACUCAAUCAAAGGAAUUGCUAAUGCUUAGGUUACAGAGUGCAUUGGAUGAUGUAGAAUCAUUGAAUGAGUGCAAAUCUAAAUGCAUUGCUAAGUAUAAUGACUUGGCAUUGCAAAAUCAAAUCCUGGAAGAAAAAUUGGAGUCUGUUUCCAAUGAGAACUGUCUUCUUUCUGAAAAGACUGCAGAAUUUGAAAAUCUAAUGAUGGAAUGCAGAGAAUACAAGAACAAAUAUAUCACUUGUUCUGCGGAAAAAACAGAACUUGCAAAUUUAUUGAAGCAGGAAACUCUGGAGAAGUAUUAUCUUCAAGAUGAAGUUGGCUGUGUGCAUGAAGAGUUGAAAACCAUCAAAUCCAAAUUUGAAAAGCAGGCCUCUGAGAGAGACAGUCUAGAGAGAACUGUCAAUGCUUUGCAAGAUAAACUGGGAGGUUUGAUGUUAACCAUGUUAUCUUACUAUGAGCAGAUUAAUGGACAGGCUGUUCCAGGUAAAACACUGCAACAGGACCUGGAGAACAAGGAUUUUGUGAGUAUCAUCUUGCAUUUGGAACAGCUUCAGAAGAAAGCAUGUGAAACAACUCUUCAGCUGAGCCGAGAGAAGAAGCAUGUGGAGGAAGAAAGAGACAUUGCUCAUGAGUCACUAUGCAGCAAAGAUUCAGAAAUCCUGAUCAUGAGACAAAAGUUUGAAUCUGAUGUACAAGACAUGGUGAAGAAACUAGAUUUGUCCAAUCUCCAUGUUGAAAAGCUUCAGCUUCAGCUUGAAGAUCUUGAUUAUAAACUCAAGGAUAGUUUAGGAGCUGAAGAAAAAUAUGCAGAGCAUAACAAAGAACUCUUAUCUAAAAUUUCAGAUUUGGAAAUUCAGCUGGAACAUGUUACUACUGAAAACAGGAAUCUUGUGGCAAAUAUUCAUCAGCUCAGUUUAGAGAAGAAAGAUUUGGAGGAGGAAAAAACCAUUGUUCAAGGGUCAUUAGCCAGUAAAGAGUUGGAUAUUAUGGUUGUGAAAAAGAAGUAUGAUUCUGACAUACAAGACAUGGUGUUGAAACUACAGUUGUCCAAUGCCCAGGUGGAACAACUUCAGCUUGAACUUGAAGAUACUGCCAACAAACUCAAGGUUAGUUCAGAAGCUGAAGAAAAAUAUUCAGAGCAGAACAAAGGACUCAUGUCAAAGGUUGCAAAUUUAGAAACUCGGCUAGAACAUGCCACAACUGAAAAUCAGUGUCUUGAAACAAAGGUUCUUCAGCUAAUCCAAGAGAAGAAGGUUGCAGAGGAAGAAAGAGACAUUGCUCGAGGGUCAUUGAACGACAAAGACACAGUAAUUCUGAUUAUGAGACAGAAGUUUGAGUCUGAAAUACAUGACAUGAUGCUGAAGUUACAAUUAUCCAAUGCCCUUGUGGAAAAGGUUCAGGUUGAACUUGAUCAUGCUACCCGAAAACUCGGGAUUAGUUUGGAGGCUGAAGAAAAAUAUGCAGACCAGAGCAAUGAACUCUUAUCAAAGAUUGCAAAUUUGGAAAUUCAACUGGAACAAUGUACUACUGAAAACAGGAAUCUGGCAACAAAGAUUCUGCAGCUCAGCCAAGAGAAGAAGGAUGCAGAAGAAGAGAGAGACAGCAUUCGAGGCUCACUAGGCUGCAAAGAUUCAGAAAUUCUGAUCAUGAAACAGAAGUUCGAAUCUGGUUUACAGGACAUAGUGAUGAAACUAGAUUUGUCCAAUGGCCAUGUUGAAAAGCUUCAGCUUGAACUAGAAGAAAUUGCUAAUAAACUCCAGCUUAGUUCAGGAGCUGAAGAAAAAUAUGCAGAGCAGAACAGAGAACUACUGUCAAAAUUUUCAGAUUUGGAAAUCCAGAUAGAACAUGUUGCUACUGAAAAUGAGAAUUUUGCAACCAAGAUCCUGGAAUUUGGGAGUGGCACAGAAUCUGAAAUUUUGAUCAUGAAACAAAAGCUUGAAGAUGAUGUGCAAGACAUGAUGACUAAACUAGGCUUGUCUAAUGCACAUGCAGAGAAGCUUCAGCUAGCACUUGAAGAUAUUUCCAACAUGUUCAUGGUUAGUUUAGAAGCUAAUGAAAAAUAUGCAGAGCAGAAUGGAGAGCUGCUAUCAAAGUUUACAACAAUGGAAGCUGAGCUGCAACAAGUUAUUACAGAAUACAACAGCCUUCUUCAAAGGAUCUUAGCCUUGGAAAGCAUAAAUGAGGAACUUGAAAGAACUAAAUUGGAUAUUGCUGAACAUACACAAGAAAACCAAGAUUUGAUCCUAUCUUUACAGUCUAGCAAUGAGGAAUCUGUGAAGCUGGCUGUUGAGCUUAGUAGCUUAAAAGAAAGUUUAAGGUGUGUAAAAGAUGAAUUACACUCUGAGAGAGGCCUCAGAGAAGAGCUACAGGGUACAGUUACAAAUUUUACAUCCCAGUUGAAUCAGAACCGUGACCAGUUACUCUCUUUUAAUAAACAGAAAGCUGAACUGGACCAACUCAAGCAACUAGUAUCAGAUCUGGAAAUAGAAAAAUCAAGAAUCUACUAUAAUCUGUUGAACAGUGAGGAGUGCCUAAGAAAGGCCGACAAAGAUGCUUCAUCGCUUCAACUCCAAAUUAGAGAUCUGGAAACUGACUUGACAGAAGUGCAUGAACAUUUAUUAGCUGCAAAUAUCGAGGCCAUUUUUACAAGAAAUCAGUUCCAGACUAGGAUGCAGGAGCUUGUUCAGCAACUUCUGUCUUUGGAUGGUUGCCAUAGAGAACUCCUUAUGAAGCAUCUUGAUGUCCUAACUGCCCUCAAUGGACGUGUUGCUAGUGAAGCACAGUUUGUUGAGGAAAAUGCAAGAUUGUUGACAACUGUCAAUUUACUGAAAUCUGAGCUGGAAGCCUCUGCUGCUGAGAAAAAAACCCUAAGGGAUGAAAAGGAAGCUAUGUUAAUUGAACUUGAGAAGAACAAGACUGAGGCAGCAACUGCAGAAAUGGAGGCUGUUGAAGAUAAGCACUGCCAUAUGCUUGAGGUUGAACAAUAUAAGCACAUGCUGGUAAGUUCUGAAGAAGAGAUUGAUAAUCUUAGGACCUCCAAGUGUGAACUGGAAAUUGCAGUUAUAGUGCUUAGAGCCAAAUUAGACGAGCAACAUGGUCAGAUGUCCUUGCUCAAGGAAUAUGGUGAUGAACUGAUGAUGCUACGGAACAAGUGCAAUGAGCUUGUUCACAAGCUCUCUGAACAGAUUUUGAAGACAGAAGAAUUCAAGAACCUAUCAAUGUAUUUGAAGGAACUCAAAGACCAGGCUGAUGCUGAGUCUCUCCAGGCUUGUGAAAAGAGAGAAACUGAAGAAUCUUCUUCUACUGCUGGGCAAGAGUCUCUGAGAAUUGCUUUUAUCAAAGAACAGUGUGAAUCGGAGCUCCAGGAGCUAAGAAACCAGUUUGAUGCUUCCAAAAAGUAUGGGGAAGAGAUGCUGCUGAAAUUGCAAGAUGCUCUUGAUGAGGUAGAAAAUCGGAAGAAAAGUGAAGCCUCUCACUUGAAAAGAAACGAAGAGCUGUCACUGAAGAUCCUAGAAUUGGAGACUGAGUUACAGGAUGUACUGUCUGACAAACGAGAAAAGGUCAAGGCUUAUGAUAGAAUGAAAGCUGAGUUGGAAUGCUCAUUAAUAAGCCUUGACUGUUGCAAAGAAGAAAAAGAAAAGCUUGAAGCUUCUUUACAAGAAUGCAACAAAGAAAGGACUAGAGUCGCUAUUGAGCUUAGCUCAACAAAAGAACAGCUGGAAAAUUUUCUCUCUUCCAUAGAAGGAAAUUUUCGAUUGGGAGAUCCGAGGCACAUGACAUCAAAGCAAGUUACAGAAGAGGAUCAACAAGAAGCAUUGGUUGCAAGUGUUGGGAGGGAUGCGACAGACAUGGUUUCUGCAAACGAUGAUUGCUCAAGAAGUGUAAUUGGACUUUCAAGGAAAGUAAUCAUAAACCAAGAGGACCUGCUUCAAAAUAAUGUGAAGGGUUUGGUCAUCAUAAAUGACCAUUUCAAAGCCCAAAGCUUAAAAUCUACCAUGGAUCUCCUACAGAAAGAGUUGGAAAAGAUGAAGAAUGAGAACUUGGCUCCUAAUCCAGAAGAUGAGGAGCAUCAUAUUGAGGCAGGUUUUCAAGGGUUACAGAGAGACCUACUGCAAUUACAUAAGGUAAAUGAACAAUUAGGGACCAUAUUCCCUUUAUAUAAUGAAAUUUCUGGCAGUGGGAAUGCAUUAGAAAGAGUACUUGCAUUAGAAAUUGAGCUGGCUGAAGCAUUUCAGGCAAAGAAGAAAUCAAGCCUCCAUUUUCAGAGCUCUUUCCUGAAACAACACAAUGAUGAGGAAGCCAUAUUCAAAAGCUUCAGAGAUAUCAACGAGCUUAUCAAAGACAUGCUGGAACUGAAGGGGAGGCAUACAGCUGUGGAGACUGAGCUGAAAGAAAUGCAUGUCCGCUACUCUCAACUAAGCCUUAAGUUUGCGGAAGUGGAAGGAGAGAGACAGAAACUCUUGAUGACCCUCAAGAACAGAGUUCCCAAGAAGACUUUGCAAAUAAGUCAUUCCACAUCAGCUAGCACUGAGGACUGUCAGUAGCACCAGUUGUUGGUUGCCAUAUAUACAUCCCCUGCUGUCUUCAGUCCCCGAAGUCGCCCUCUUAUUUGACAAAAGAGAUCAACAGAUCGACAUCUUUUCUGAGUUAGGACACUGGUGCGCUUCCGAACUGAAUUCCUGUAAAUAGGUCAUAGGGCUUGGUCUUAGUAGAUGUCAAAGCGGAAUUGCAAUCCUAGUGUAAAUAAUAAAUGCCUUAUUCCAAUUUCAUGGUUGGCUACAAAAAAAUCAGUGUAGAAUCCCUGUAACACGCUUACCUAUUCAAUUCAUACAUCGGUGUGUAGUUUGUUGUAUAGUAAACCAAAUUCUUUCAUUUAUCUCAGUUUCUCUGGUGGUCCAGCUGACUUUGUAGGGGGAGCAUUCUUCUUGAUUUGACUUUGGCUCCACCAGAGCAGGGCUAUCUUUUCUUGGGAAACCUCAGUUAUUGCCAUAGGUUCGGAUUUAAUCUUUAAUUCAAUUACUUGUGUAGUUAUUUGGCUUUUCCCCAAGUAAUGGAAAUUCAACCUGCGAGUACAGGUUAUAUUUUCUUUUCGCACUA